CUGUGGUUUUGCUUGGAACUAUUUUUUGAUGGUAGAGCAAAUAUAGACAAAGUGACUGGGAAUACAUGCGCGUAAGAUAAUGAAAAACUUGUGGCUGCACCUCAAACAGAAAAACACCAUCUUAUUUUCAUUUUUAGCACUGACACUUCUCAUGUGUUGUUUUGUCAUACUUUUAAGUCUAAAUGAAGGAGGAAGACAGGAAACCAGAGUGUUUGAGUGGCCACGGCUGACAGUACAAUAUGAAAUUAAUUGCACAGCAAUAUAUGAAAUGGAACCAGUGGAAUUGGGCAAAACUUUAGCCAUUCGCAAGCAAAAAAGCUACAUAGGGCCAACAGAUGAGGCUGUUGUGAAUGCCACCUCUGACUGUGAUCGAUUUGUGUCACAAGGUUAUGGUGCGAUUCAAGGCUCUGACUUUGAGCGUGAAUUUCCCCUUGCUUUUUCUUUGGUUGUUCACCAGGAUGUGGCUCUUGUGGAGAGGUUACUAAGGGCCAUUUAUAUGCCACAUAACAUAUACUGCAUACAUUAUGAUCUGAAGUCCUCAGAUGACUUCAUUUCAGCAAUGAAAGGUCUGGCCCGCUGCAUCCCCAACGUCUUCAUUGCCUCAAAGCUGGAGAGGGUGCAGUACGCAGGAAUCUCACGACUCAAAGCGGAUCUUAAUUGCCUGUCUGACCUCCUAGAUUCUGAGGUCAAAUGGAAGUAUGUAAUCAACCUCUGUGGUCAAGACUUUCCACUUCGGACAAAUGCUGAGCUGGUGUCGGAUCUAACAGAGCUGAAAGGCAGGAACAUGGUGGAGAGCAAGUGGCCUGGAGGAAAGCAAUGGCGCUGGACUUUUCAUCAUUUACUGAAAGAUAGUAAUUCAGAGUACUACAACUCACCUGUAAGCACUUCUGAGAUGAAAUCUCCACCUCCUCACAACAUAGACAUGUUUGUGGGCAGCGCGUACUUCACACUCUCAAGGGAAUUUGUGGUUUUUGUUCAACAGAGUUCCCUAGCCAGGGAUUUCUUGGCUUGGUCUGAGGAUACAUACUCACCUGAUGAACAUUUCUGGGCAACUCUGAUUCGUGUGCCUGGAGUACCAGGGGAAGUGCCAAGAUCUGAUCCUGAGAUCUCAGAACUGAUAAGUAAAACCCGCCUGGUGAAGUGGUGGUCUUUAGAAGAGAGACUUUAUCCACCAUGCACUGGAGUCCAUGUGCGAGAAGUGUGUAUUUAUGGUGCUGCGGAGCUCAGAUGGCUGCUAAACUAUGGCCACUGGUUUGCUAAUAAAGUGGAUCCAAAAGUGGAUCCUGUUCUUAUGGAAUGUUUAGAAGAAAAGCUUGCAGAAAAACGUCUGAGUGUGUAGAGUGAAGUAUAAAUAAUGGAUUCUCAUUCUGGAGAUCACUAAUACUGGACAUCUGGUUUCAUGUUGCAAGUUAUUCUCUGUCGCCCCCUGCUGUGUACAAAAGAAU